UCUAAUCAAGUUGUGUUGUAGUGUUGUGUGACCCGAACUCGACGGAUCGACAUUCGAUUGUUUUCAGUUGGUUAAUGGUAAAUAACAUCAAUAAGCCGGCAGUUAUUCAAAGUGUAGCAAAUUCUGCAAUAAUACUGUUUCAAAUCUGUAAUCAGGAUUUGAUCCAUUGAUAUAAGCUUUCAUAAUGGAUAUGAUUCAACCCAAGGAGGACGAUUUUGUCCCCAGAGAUUAUCAACGGCAGAUGAAGAUGAUCUGUAUGCAGAAGAAUACGAUUAUUUAUUUGCCAACCGGUGCCGGCAAAACUCAUAUUGCCUUGAUGGCUAUCAAGGAAAUGGCCAAGGAUUUAGACAAGCCAUUAACCGCAGGUGGGAAGAGAACGUGCUGCGGCGUUAAUACCGUUGCGCUAGCCAAACAACAGGCGGAAUUCCUUAGCCGAAGUCUUACCUACGAUACUUCGAUUUAUACAAGUGAUCGAAAUGUUGACACGUGGAAGCAAGAUAAAUGGCUUGAGGAGUUCGCGAAAUAUCAGGUUGUGGUUUGCACGUGUCAGAUUUUGCUGGAUGUACUAAAGCAUGGUUACCUUUCGGUAAAACACAUAAAUGUACUCAUAUUCGACGAAUGUCACCACGGUGUUGGAGACCACCCAAUGCAUGGAAUAAUGGAACAGUUCCUGCGAGUGCCGAAAUCGGAACAUCCACGUGUGAUUGGUCUGUCGGGGAUGUUAUUGUACAAACAGAUUAAAAAUGUUGACCUAGUAUCGCCGGAAUUGGAGCGAUUAGAAAAUACAUUUAACGCAACAAUAGCUACAGUCGGAAGCUAUGAUGCAUACACUGAGGUCUGCCGAUUUUCUACGGACCCGAAAGAGUUAUUGAUCAGCUAUAGUCCAUUGGCGGAAUCUUCCGUUACAAUUGACAUAAUGAAGAGUGUAUCCGCUUUUGUUUCAAACAUCGAAGGUUUUCAUCUACCAAAAUACCUAAACCAAAACAAGGCACUUCAAAGAGACAGCCCUAAGCCGGUGAAGGCGAUUAGAAAGAUGUUUACGGACAUUUUAUAUCAGCUUCGUGAUGUGGGCCUAUUUGGUUGUUCAAUUGCUAUCCUCGGUGCAAUUGUGCAAUUCGAGUUAGAUAAACGUCAAUCCGAUAGUUCGAUGCUGAGGUUGGCUUUACGAUCGUGCAUUACAUUUUGUGAAAGUCUUAGGCAUCAAAUAGAAACAUUGAUGGAUGGAAUGACCAUUAAGGAAAAGCUAACCAGGUUCAGCUCUGAAAAAAUUCGCCAACUAAUAAAACAGUUGGAAACAUGUUAUCAAAAAAACCAUGACAAAACUUCAAAAACAUUAAUUUUUGUUCAGCGCAGAUUUUCUGCGAAGGUGCUGUACCACUUGCUGAAAAUUUACUUCUCCCAGACGGAAGACGCCAAUCUAAUUAUCCCAGAUUUUAUGGUGGGUAACAAUGGAUCGAUGCCGGAAUCCAUUGAGCAAAUUCUAAGCGCAAAAAAGGAUCGCAGGGUUAUUGAAAAGUUUAAGAAAAAUGAAACUAAUGUCAUUGUGACAACAAAUGUCCUAGAGGAGGGCAUAGAUUUGCAGAUGUGCAAUACGGUCAUUAAGUAUGACCAUCCUGAAACCUUUGCUUCUUAUCAGCAGUCCAAGGGUAGGGCACGCAUGAAGGACAGUAUGUAUUUCGUUAUGCUUGAUCACACAAAACGAGAAGAAUUUCUUGUAAAAUAUCGCCUCUAUAAGGCUAUAGAAGAGGAAUUAAAAAAGUGUCUUGUUGGUAAAACCAUUAACCGCCCAGACCCGUUAGAUGCCGAUGUACACAAGGAAUUGUACAAUGAACUCAUUCCACCGUUUUACACUACCAAAGGAGCAAAGUUGGAUGCGCUGUCGGCGAUUCAGCUUUUGAAUCGGUACUGCAUGGGUAUGCCGCGAGAUGCGUUUACUAAUACAAACGUAUUAUGGGAGAGACACGAUCGAUAUGGUAAAAUAGUGGUUGAAGUGAUCAUGCCCCUGCAAUCUACGGUGCGUGAAAAAAUCAUUGGAAACCCAAUGACGAAUAUCAAGCUGGCUAAACGAUCAGCAGCGUUCAAUGCCUGCAAAAGAUUGUAUGAGAAUAAGGAGCUCAAUGAGCACCUCAUUCCAAUAGAUAGCAAGCGUCAGCUUGAUGAUUUGCAAGAUGUGUACUUCAAGCAUUGGAAGGAUUUCGAAGAAGAUUCGACCAAGAUUGCUGGCACGCAUAAGCGUCUUAGAACACACAUAAUUGAGUAUCCUCCACAAACAACUCAUUGCCUCCCGCAACCUGAUCAACCUUGCUACAUCUAUAUUUUGCGUAUUGGUGCUGGGUUUGCCGAGGAUCCGGACAACGAAAAUGUCAACAUUUUCCGAUCUUUAUACAAUUCGGAAAAUAAUUUUGGUAUAAUGACCACCAAGCCUCUUCCGGCCCUCGCCAAGAUGAAGUUUUUUGUAACUUUGGGCCUCAUCGACGUACAGCUUGUUGAAACUCCAAUUGUGCUGACCAGCGCUGGGUCCGAAGUGGAAUUGGCUCUGUUGAAACAGUUCCAUAUAACAAUCUUCCGAGACAUUCUAAAACUGUGGAAGGAGUUCUUAGUGUAUGAUUUUUCAAACCAAGAUAACAGUUUCAUGGUUGUGCCUAUGAAACAAUCGCAGCAAAUAGAUUGGAUGUUGGUGCGAGAAUUCCAAAAUCUGAACGAAGCCCCAUCCGAGGUACCGACGAUGUUCCGAGCCAAGAUGAAAUUUGAUGCGGAAAAUUACAGACACAAAGUGAUCUGUCCAUGGUACAAAAACAAUAAGGAACAACCUUAUGUGGUGACCAUGGUGCAUGAGCACCUAACGCCAGACAGUCCCUUCCCGAAUGCAGAUUACAGGUCUUAUGCAGAUUACUUCAGCCAAGCGUACCAUUUGGCAGUUGUUAAACCGGAUCAAUUUCUAAUCGAAGUCAAAGGAAUCACAAGCUAUCUUAACCGCCUCAAUCCGGGAGUAGAGGACGACGGCAAGAGCACACGGAGCAAACAUUGGCGGUUCAACGAGAUCCUCAUUCCGGAGCUCGUUCACAACUAUCAUUUCCCCGCUGACUAUUGGUUGAAGGCUACGCUUCUGCCCAGUGCACUGCACCGUAUUAAUUAUCUACUGCUAGCGGAAAACAUUCGUGUUGAUUUGGCAACGGGUGCCAAUGUAGGAUGUCUGGAGAACCGAAAGAUUGAGGAUGUGGAGGUUGAGUAUAAGGAACGGAAGGGAAAACAACUGGAAGAGGAGGUUCAAUUCCUAGACCUAGAAGACGACGAAGACGAGGACGAUGAGUUCGACCUGGAAGAAGCGCGCCAGUCUCUGUUGGCACCGGAGGACUUGAGUCAGCUGGCACGCAACCAAAUGAAUUCAUUCAGCGGCGAUAUCCCAAUGCCAUGGCAGGAAGACGAGGAGCCUGUGGACAUCGAGCGCAACUGGGAUCAAGUCAAAAAAAUGGACUUGGACUAUUAUAACGCAUUCGUUAACAAAUUUUCAGACCUGUCCAUUCGGGAAAUGACCGCAGAACGGAUGAGCACAGCGUACACAUCCGCUUUGCAUAGGAGAGUAACUAGUAGUCCGAAAAGACAACCCAUGGCAAUUUUGGACGUUCCUAUUGAGCAGAAAUUCGCAAUCAAAUUACUAAGCCUAACACCGACAAACACAUACAAUUUGAACGUCCAGCAAAAAGACAUCAUUAAGGCCUUGACUACAAAAUCGUCCUCAGAUGUGUUUGAUUUGGAACGUUUUGAACUGUUGGGCGAUGCGUUUUUGAAAUUUUCCGUUUCAUUGUAUUUGGUGAAAUACCAUAAAGAUUUUCACGAAGGCUUUCUGACAGCGGUCAAGGGUCAAAUAGUAAGCAACCGUAAUUUGGUGUACUGUGCUAUUAAGUAUGGGCUACCUGGUAUGAUGAAGAUUCAUAAGUUGGACCCUAAAAAUGACUGGAAACCGCCUCUUGCAACGGUUCCACACAAAAUAAAAGAAACUAUGCAAGAGGUGAAUCACUCCGCUAGAGUGCUGUUCCGGAUGUCACUAACGGAAGACGAAAUAAAGUCUGGGUCUGUUGAUCCCAACAAUCUUGACGAUUUUAUUGCCCAACUAGAUCUACAUAACAAUAAUCCUGAUACGUCCCCAAUGCAGAAUUAUCUCGGACAGCAGACAAUGGGGGACAAAACAUCUGCGGAUGCCAUGGAAGCGCUGUUGGGAGUUUGCGUUAAAUCGGUUGGAAUUCAAAGGUCUUUCAAACUGUUGCCCUACUUCGGUAUUCUACCGAAAACUCACGACGUGAUCAAGCUGCUCGAUGAGAAAAUUGAAAAUCAAAGACUGAAAACGCAAAUCGACUGUCGUGAAGUGGAUGGUUUUCUGAAGAACCACGAAAGGAUUGAGAAAAAACCUGGAUACCGUACAAAGGAUCGAACCUAUCUUCUACAGGCGCUCACUCACGCCUCAUUUCCUACUAAUCGGAUAACCGGGAGUUAUCAGCAGCUGGAGUUUCUGGGUGACGCGGUGCUAGAUUUUCUUAUCUCAAUGUACAUUUUUGAGCAGAAUCCAACCAUGAGCCCGGGCCAGCUGACAGAUUUGCGCUCAGCAUUAGUGAAUAACAUCACACUAGCAUGUCUGCUUGUACGCCACGGACUGCAUCUGUAUAUUCUUUCCGAGUCCGCAUCGUUCAGCGACACCGUGAACAAGUUUGUGGUUUUUCAAGAGCAACAGAAACACGAGAUAACCGAUCAGGUAAACUUGCUCGUCGAAGAGAGUGACCGAAAGAUGGCUGAAUUUGUGGACGUACCGAAGGCGCUGGGUGACGUGUUCGAGAGUUUGGUGGCGGCGAUUUUCUUGGACUCCGGAAAUGAUUUUGCCGUAACCUGGCGAGUCAUAUAUGGUUUGAUGGGAAACGAAAUCCUGAUGUUCACCGAGAACACACCGAUCCAAAUCGUGAGGCAACUGCACGAGUUCAAACCAGGUUGUUCGCCAUUGUUUAGUCGGGCCAUCGUGGACGACGACACGGUAUACGUCAAGCUCAAAUAUAAAAUCAGAAACAAAGAACACGAAGCGUAUGGGUUCGGUCAGAACAAGGAAGAUGCGAAACGAGCUGCUGCAAAAGCUGCUCUACAGGUGCUGCGCAAGCACUAUCGCAACACAAAGUAGUGGCAGAUUUUUUAAAAUAAUUUUCUUCCAUUGAGAUUGCAGUACGGUUGCAUGUAAGAGCAUUAAUUGUUAAUUUAUAACAUUUGCAGUAUCCAUAUUUACAGAUAUUCGGUUAUACAAAUAAGGCAGUGAAUUUCGUCGAACUGAUUGUAAUUAAGCAUCAGUUACUUUGGUGCCUUAAAAAUGUUAGUUUACUGUUCUGUAAUAACAAGCAGUUUUAUUUUAAUCUGGGAAGUUGUACCAUAGGUAUAGUAUUAUAAUAAACUAGCACAACACAUUUUUUCGGAACUGUGUCACUUAGGCUGUAAAAAUUUUUCAGCUCGAUAGUUAUUUCGCUGUAGUUGAAAAUAACCCUGCUCUUCGGAGCAUGGUUAGAUUUGACAGUUUGAUAGUUAAACUUUGCUCGCGAGAAAGUUGGCGCCAAAUCCAUUUUGUUCCAAAUAACCAUCAUUCCGUCACAAUUUGAAUGGGUCGGCUUCGGGUUCAAGUUUUAAGCACGAUGGGAAAAUAACCAUCGAACUGUUAAAUUUUAACUAAAAAAUAAACGAAUCGGUGGAAUGGUUCACAGCCUUAGUCAACACUUUACUUUCAGACGUGUAAUUGAUAUGAAAAAGAUAAAAAUUAAUAUACAGACAUUAAAUGCAGUGAAAAAAAAACAGAUCCUGCCAUGACUGACUCAAAUUAUUGUAAAAUCUGAGUUGACAAGUGGGUCAAAUAACUCAAAAAUACAAUAACAAGUUAAUUGCCAAAAGUGUAGUUAGCGUAUAAUUGAAAUGGGAGACUGAAUAGAAUAUAAUAAUUGGCUUCCAAGCUGUGUUAAGCAUAUGUUUCGUAGUAGACAUUAGCACGUAAGACUAAGACUUUCGGUUUUUUCACCCAUACGCUUAAAAAUUUGGUUGAGUCACUAAGCAGAGCUGAAGAAAUUGGCACCCUGGUAGGUACAUUUUAGAUUUUGACACAUAUGGUUUUAUUUUAUUGUACAGACAGAGGUGUCCUACGAAAGGCUGGAACACAUAAGGCUGAAAUUGGUAUGAUGCAAUGAAUCCCAACCAUACGAUGGAGUGCAAGUUGAGUGGUUGAAUGAAUAAAGAAUAAAAAAUAAAGAAUAAGGAAUUAAAAAUAGAGAAUAAAAAACAAAGAAUAAAGAAAAAAUAAAAUUUUAAAGAAAGAAAAGAAAAGUAAAGAAAAAGUAAAGAAGAAAAGAGAAGAUAGAAUGAAGAAGAAGAAAUAAUGAAGUAAAAUGAAAGAAAAGAGAACAAGAGAGUUAGGAACUAAGAACAAGGAAGAAAAAGAGAGAAGAUAGUAGAAUGAAGAAAGAAAGAAAAUGGAAGAAUAAAGAAGAAAGAGAGAAAGAAGAAGGAAAGAAAGAAGAAGGAAGAAGGAACAGGGAAGUAAGAAGGAAUAUGGCAGACGGAAGAAGGAAGAAAAAGUUGGAAGAAGGAAUAAGGGAAAAAGAAGAAAGAAAUAACGAUGUUAGUUGUAAGACGGAAGAAGAAAAACAGAGCAAUGAAGUAAGAAGAAAGAAGAAGGAAAAAAGAAAAUGAACAAGAUAGAAGGAAAAAGAAUAAAGAAGAAGGAAAAAAGGAAGAAGAAAUAAUAAAGUAAGAAGUAAGAAGACAGAAAGAUAAAGCAACAAAGAAGAAGGGAGAAGAGAAAAAGGCUGUAAAAAGGAUGAAGGAAGAAGAAAGGACAAAAGAAAGAAAGAAGAGGAAAGAAGAAAGACCAGUGAAAGAAUAAGGAAGAAGUAAUAAUAAAGAAAGAAAAAACGAGAAGGAACGAAGAAGAAAGAAGGAACAAAGAAGAUGGAAGAAGAUAGAUAGAAGGCAGAAGAUAAAAGAAAGACAAAGAAACGAAAAUGGAAGAAGGAAAAAGAAUAAGGAAGAAGAUAGAAAGAAGUUGGAAGAAAGAAGGAAAAAGAAAGAAAAGGAAGAAUGAACAAGAAAGAAAAGGAAGAAGAAAGGUGGAAGAAGAUAGAAGAAAGAAAAAAAAGAAUAAGAAUAAUUCAUUUCUAACAUCCAAACCAAACAGAUAACACUGAAUCAACAAUUUGACGCCACAAUACACUGUUCGAGCCGGGUAUACCCCGUUAGGCAUAAGUACGUUAGGCAUAAGGACGAUAGGCAUAAGUACGUAAGGCAUAAUGGACGAUAGACAUAACGGACGUUAGGCAUAAUGGACGCUAGGCAUAAAAUGACCCAAAGAACAGCCCAUGACAUAAAGAAGGCAGAAUAAUGCCAAACGUCCAUUAUGCCCAACGUCCAUUAUGCCCAACGUACUUAUGCCUAACGUCCUUAUGCCUAACGUCGUGGACCCGUUCGAGCCUGCAUCUCUCCACCGUUUUGUACCUGUACCUCUCUCCGUUUUGUACCUGGUCAGCCUACCUCGCUCGCUGCGCUCCUAGCUGUCUCGUGCCUGCCGGAUCGGAAGCGAACUCCAUCUUUGCAGGGUUGCUGUCCGGCAAUAAUAAUAAUAGAAGAAGGAACAAAAAAGAAGAAACGACGAAGAAAGAAGGUAAAACGUAGACAGAUGAACGUGGAAUAAAGAAGGAAGAAGAGAGUAGGAAGAAUAAAAAUAUAGAAGUAUUCUCGGCAAGAAUCAAAAACCAAUUACAAAAAUCAAGAACAAUAAAUAAAUUGUUGUUUCUUUCAAAUUUCUUGUUCUGUGUAUGUACAAAAAAAAUAAAAAUUUGUAUCAAAAUCGAAAGACAAAAAGAAGUCGCAAGAAGAGUUCUGUUUAUUUCUGUUUGUGCCCCCAUUCACGUCAAAUGUGAUUUUUUCCAUUAAAAUCUGUUACUCGCGAUCUUUCAGCCAUUCGUGUUUCAGCCUUUCGUUAUUUCAGCCUUAUGUACUUUUACUUUUUUAGCCUUUCGUGUUCAGCCUUAUGAGUUUUUAGCCUUAUGUUCUGGACAAAUUUUCUCCCAAAUCGAUCAAUAAUUGGACGGUGCUUAACUCAUUUAAAGUAACGUGGGAAAAUAUAUGGAAAACAUCGAUAUUCCGGAUUUUCAACGUAAUAGACGAUUAGGGAUUGUGGAACUAUUCCCAGCUCUUACAACAAUUAAUACAAAUAUAUAGGGCACUUCACUUCCCCACGUUGCUGAAUAAUGAUAACGUUUCAGGAGUUCUUCUUUGGCUUCUAGUGACACAUAUGGACUUCAACGAUACAUACAUGCAGAGAUUUUCAAAUGCUUCUAGGAAUUGAAUAACACAUUUUUCAUACCUGUAAUUUUUCAAGAAAUGAUCUGGAAGGUCAGGGAAUUUUAUUCUCAAAUUUUAGUCGACGCCUUGAAUGGGAUUAGCCAUAAUAGGAAUAAAAAACUAAGAAUAGUGCCAUAACUGGUACAUGCGAAGGAAAUGGAAGAUUAAGUAAUUUUGGUUAUUAUCACGAAUUUUAAUGCGGUUUUCACAUUUGUUCUAAGGAGCCCGAAAGAAAACCUUUCCAUCGAAAAUUUUCCAUUGGCGCUAAGUGUUAUUUGGCAGAACCCCGACUAAUUAUCUGUUGUGAUGCUUUUCAAUACUCCAUGAAAGGCAAAGCACUCUAGCUGCCGACGAACUGAGAAGAUGUCUAUCUGUAUGUGUGUGCGUGUGUGUAUAUAUGUGCGCAAAAUAAAACUCACUCAUCUUUUAGGCAAUUAUCUUGAUCCGAUUUGCAAUUUGCAUUCGACGGCGAAUCCUGUCCAGAUCGGACCAUGGGAUCAAAAGUUAUGGCCAACAUACGAUUUCUAUACAAAAACACGCUAAGAAAAUCUCACUCAAGUCCUUUUAGUAUAUAUAAUGCACGAAAAAGGCAC